GGAGCUCCAGUCUCGAAGCCGAUUUUACUCUGUUCAGGGUCUGCAUUUCGGACUUCGUUCCGUAACUAAUCGACAUGGCCUCGCAAGCGGCUUGUCUCGCAAGAGCAUCCGUGCCGUCCGUGUGCCUAUCGGGCAGCGGCUCGUCCGCAUUCUGUAGAUCGGACAGGGCGAUGCUCAUGCGAGUCAAUGGCUCGGACCUGACCGUCAGCUCGGGCGCUAGAGUGGUCGCGUCGCAAUCCCGGCCCGGCGGGAAGGCGAGCAUGAAAAAGGCGCCGGGCGCCGUGGUCUUCAGAACGGACGACCCGCUAGCCGGCCGCGACUAUCGGCCGCCCAUGCCCGGGGACGAGCCCGACUUCUGGGAAGGGUCGCAGUGGGACCUUCUUGGGUUUGUCGCCGAGUACCUGUGGGUGUUCGGCAUCGUCCUUGCGAUCGUUUCAUCACUUUAUGCCGUUACGAGCUACAACCAAGACGAUGGAGUGGUGGAGACAGCUGACUCGUCCGUCACUGUGGAAUCAUCUGCACCCUCGGAAGCCGAUCAGUUGCUUGAGCCAUUUGUAGAUGAUGCUCCUCCCCUGUAGAUGUGAAAUAUUCGAACGCGUUCUUAGAACUGAAGAAGUGAGUUUAGAAUGAGAGAACAAGGGUAUAUACCUAAGAGUGUUGUACCCUCUAAGAGGUGACCCUAUACAGUCUAUACAAACAUGAGUUAUAGAUAUGUUUGACACACCCCCUAGACUGCAUAGGGGCAGGUCCUGA